UGUUCCUUUGCUGUUUCGGUCUCAAAGACGCGUAGUCCUGCUGAAGCUGAGCUGUCGGUGUUUUUGCCGUGGACACACCGUGUGGAGAUCCGCAGACUCUCGGAGAUUCAUCAUCGUUCAGCUGUUCUUCUCCCUUCAACAGUUCCGCGUCUGUAUUUCGACGUUGACCGCGACUGACGUUUUAAUUUCACCGAGUUAGCCUGUUAGCCGAGCUGUCAAAAAAUGUUGAGUGUGGCCAGAAGCGUUUCAAGGACUCUUCCCACGAGGAACUGCGCCAGGAAUGUGUCCUCUCUGGUUAAGAAGGCGUCCUGGAGCGGCUUCCAACCAGAUGCUCUCAGAGCUCUGUCCAGGAGGGACUAUGCGUCCGAAGCCAUCAAGGGUGCAGUCAUUGGCAUCGACCUGGGAACCACCAACUCCUGCGUCGCAGUCAUGGAGGGGAAGCAGGCCAAGGUGUUGGAGAAUGCAGAGGGCGCCAGAACGACUCCGUCAGUCAUCGCCUUCACAGCUGAAGGAGAACGUCUGGUGGGGAUGCCGGCUAAACGCCAGGCCGUCACCAACCCUCAGAACACGCUGUACGCCACCAAGAGGCUGAUCGGACGUCGCUUCGACGACUCAGAGGUCCAGAAAGACUUGAAGAACGUCCCAUACAAGAUCGUUCGUGCGUCCAACGGUGACGCCUGGGUCGAGGCUCAUGGGAAAAUGUACUCUCCCAGCCAGGCGGGAGCCUUCGUGCUCAUGAAGAUGAAGGAGACUGCAGAGAACUACCUGGGAACCAAAGUGAAGAACGCUGUGGUCACCGUACCAGCUUACUUCAACGACUCUCAGAGACAGGCUACCAAAGAUGCUGGUCAGAUCGCUGGACUGAACGUCCUGCGUGUGAUCAACGAGCCAACAGCUGCUGCUCUGGCUUACGGCCUCGAUAAAACCCAGGACAAGAUUAUCGCCGUGUACGAUCUGGGUGGAGGAACCUUCGAUAUCUCGGUCCUGGAGAUCCAGAAGGGAGUGUUUGAGGUCAAAUCCACCAACGGUGACACUUUCCUGGGAGGAGAGGACUUUGACCAGCACCUCCUCAGACACAUCGUGAAGGAAUUCAAGAGAGAGUCUGGCGUGGAUCUGACAAAGGACAACAUGGCUCUCCAGAGAGUCCGAGAGGCUGCUGAGAAGGCCAAGUGUGAGCUGUCCUCCUCACUGCAGACUGACAUCAACCUGCCCUACCUGACCAUGGACGCCUCCGGUCCCAAACAUCUCAACAUGAAGCUGACUCGCUCCCAGUUCGAAAGCAUCGUGGCCGACCUGAUCCGCCGCACCGUGGCUCCCUGUCAGAAGGCCAUGCAGGACGCCGAGGUGUCCAAGGGAGACAUCGGAGAGGUGCUGCUGGUGGGAGGCAUGAGCCGCAUGCCAAAGGUUCAGCAGACAGUCCAGGACCUGUUCGGUCGCGCCCCCAGCAAGUCCGUCAACCCCGACGAGGCCGUCGCCAUCGGAGCGGCCAUCCAGGGCGGCGUUCUGGCCGGCGACGUCACCGACGUGCUGCUGUUGGACGUGACUCCGCUGUCGCUGGGUAUCGAGACUCUGGGAGGCGUCUUCACCAAACUCAUCAACAGGAACACCACGAUCCCCACCAAGAAGAGCCAGGUGUUUUCCACGGCGGCUGACGGCCAGACUCAGGUGGAGAUCAAGGUGUGUCAGGGCGAGCGAGAGAUGGCGGCUGACAACAAGGUGCUGGGUCAGUUCAGUCUGGUGGGAAUCCCCCCUGCCCCCCGCGGAGUCCCCCAGAUCGAGGUCACCUUCGACAUCGACGCCAACGGCAUCGUCCACGUGUCCGCCAAGGACAAGGGAACCGGCCGCGAGCAGCAGAUCGUGAUCCAGUCGUCCGGAGGCCUCAGCAAAGACGACAUCGAGAACAUGGUGAAGAACGCCGAGCGGUACGCCGAGGAGGACAGGAGGAGGAAGGACCGCGUGGAGGCCGUCAACAUGGCCGAGGGCAUCGUCCACGACACGGAAUCCAAGAUGGAGGAGUUCAAGGACCAGCUUCCUGCCGAUGAGUGCGCCAAGCUGAAGGAGGAGAUCACGAAGGUCAGGGACCUUCUGGCCAACAAGGACUCUGAGACGGGAGAGAACAUCAAACAGGCGGCCACCAACCUGCAGCAGGCGUCACUCAAGCUCUUCGAAAUGGCCUACAAGAAGAUGGCAGCAGAGCGAGACAGCAGCUCCAGCAGCGGCGGCAGCAGCAGCAGCAGCUCAUCGGAGGGCGAGAAGAAGGAAGGCCAGCAGUAGACGCUGUCGCACUUUGUUGUCACGAGAUUACCACGACAACGGAGGACUGUUGGGCUCGGCUGGCGGACUAGGCGGGGAGGGUGGCGGUCUCGAGUCAUUCGUGCCCUAAUAUAUUAUUCUACUGUGUUUUGGCAGUAAAAUACUCUCUAGAAAAGAUAAAGGUGGGCGAUGAAACGCUCCACCGUGGCCCCAUGAUAUCCUGUCUGUAAUUUAACUGUGUCCGGCACAACGUUGUGUUCGUUUAUUUUUACGAAGCUGUUAAUUUACAUUUUGAAGUAGUGUUUGUUUGUUUGUUUUUUUGUUGUCCAAGACAUCAUGCAGGUUUCAUCCUUUAGCUCACGUUUCAUCUUCUUCAGACGCAGAGAGCAGCUCCGUCUACGUGGUGAUCUAUAUUUUACCUCCAUUAGCUUUCAUUUCAUUGUUCUUGGAAUCUGUGAAAACACACCUGCAGCGUUCAGGAAGGAGUUCGGUCCCGUUGCUCGGACGUAAAGCUCGAGAAAGUUCAGACUAAAGGGGGAGGGGGAGAGCAGAAUAAAUAAUAAAUAUGUGUGUGUGUGAGGAUGAAAUCACGCUUUUAGUUAAUUUUUCCUCAUUAGAAUGUAAGAAGCCCCCGAGUUCUUUGCAUCCUUUGUAGCCGAGCCGUGCCGCGGCCCGACUGGACGCUGAAAGUUGCACAACGGAGGAUGUGGCCUUGGUUCUCCUCUCGGUAGGAGGAGGAGGAGCCGGGAUCCAAAGAACCGGUGCAGGAUUCUUUAGUCAUUCCCCUGCAGGAGGAGGUUUUUGUUGCUGCCAUAAACUGCUCUGUGUAAUAUGAUUGUGGCUGCGCGCCUGCCCGAUAGUGAUCCAGAGAUGAACGGGGCAGGUUUGAAUUGAAAUCGGGGGGUUGUGAGCGGGGUGGGGUGAUUAUAUUACUGAAAAUCGAGGGUCACAAUAACUGUUGCUGUCUUUUCUAAUAAAAAUCUGAAAUGUUA